GCGCGAGUCUGCCUUACCUGAAGCACUACUGCAUCUGCGUGGUGAUUGUUGUCGCAGCUCCCUGUCCUUCAUCAACUUCACCCUUCUCUCCCCGUCUUCCGUCCAUCUCAGAAUCUCCACGGUUAGUCCGUGGCUGGCCCGGUUGAUACCCCUGUCACUGCCGAUUUCAUCGCCGUAUACUUCUCGCUUCCCUCGGGUCACACCACUUGACCGUACGAGUACGAGCCCUUGCAGAUGCCAGCCUGGGUCUCCACAAUGGCCCAUUCGUUAUGUCAACCAAAAGCUGGAAUCGCGAAUAGUCGCUGUCGUGCGGGCAUCAGCUAGAACCAGCCACCGGGUCGUUCGUGACCCAGGUUUCCAUUUGCAGUGCUACCUAGACCAGAUAUCUACAAGACAUUUGGAGGAAGCACUACUUGUGGGACGGCCAAAGAUAUCCUCCGUUCUUGGUCGAGUUAGGCUUAUAGCCAUCGGCGUCCCGCUGGCGAGGAGGUGCGGCGCUUGGGUGUGUGGCACAAAAGAAGCAUAUUGAUCGAAUCAAGCACAUGGACACGCCUGAUUCGAGACAUCCUGCAAUGUCCAGCUGAACAGACCUGCAGGAACAACACCACCACAGGAAUUUGUGCAACAUCGCAUAUCAAGUGAUCGAGUAAUCAUGGCAGCCUAGAAUGUGACUGUCAAUACCGCCCAGGCAAUGACCUCCACAAUGCCUGUGGUUCGUCAUUAUUACCACCAUUCCCAGAUCCUAGCCCAAAAAACGCGGAGCAGGACUUGAUGCACUCUCCGCCGGCCUCUCAUAUAUGCCGACCCGACUACCCUUUUGGAACGACGAAGCCCCACAACAAGCCACGUCUGUUCACCAUGUUUCUCUACAUUGGCAUAUACAAAGAAGCAAUCUCAUAUGUGGCUUGUGAGCUAACGUUCAUGGAACCCACUUGAUUCUUCCCUAGUGCUCAAUCUCGCCAAAAGGCUAUCUAGAAUCGAGUAUGGGCUUGUUUCAUCCUUCAACACCAACAAUCCUCGAUGAAUCCUGACUAUCUGUAUGCGGAGUAGUCAAAGCGGAAUGGUUGACGAUCCCGUACGCAAGGUUACUGCUGGCGAGCUUUGUGAGUUCAACCGAGAUCGUUGACGGCACCUCGCCCGAAUGCAGCCACAAAGCCGAUAUAGCAGAGCCUUCCUCGAGGUGUCUAAAGAAGAGCGCCGCUCCAGCCAACCACGGCUCCUGCCGACACUCAAUCGCCGGAGCCGCCCUGUGUUGGUGGUACGCCCCGUCUAUGUCUUGCAAGCAGUCUCGGGGAGUGCAUCCAAAAAUGCACAUACAUUCAAUCGAGCUCAUACGCCCUAGCUAGCGGCAUAUGGCCAGAUCACAUUACAAGGAAUAUAUUGCCGACAACUGUUGAGAUACAGAAGGAGCCAGAAGCAUCGCGCUAACCAAUCAGGCCUAGCAAAGAGAGAUGAAACGUGGAUCUACAUUGCCCUGCGGCCUUCGGCGGUUUACAAACCAUGGCGAAUCCCACACCUCAUUAUUUGGACGAACUUAUUGCCGUAGGUAUAAGUCGCAAUCCCAUAACAUUGCCACAUGCUGCCCAAUGCAAUCACCACCAUGCAGCUCGGCUCUUUUUGCUGUCUACAAUGUUUGCCCCUAUCCCCUGCCUCAUAAAGAGACCUUGACCCUGCAAGACGAAGCAAUCCAACUUAGACGACAAUCUCAAACAUGGGACCCAACCCAUGCAUAAGACUCGCUAAGAGUUCCGGAAUCGGCACGGAUCACGAAGGCUAACUCUUUUGACCCCGUCCAAUAUCAAAUGCUCUAGUCUAGUGCGUGUGAUCCCAAGAUUCCGGCUCGACUUGAUGGGUAAGGUAUGUACAGUAAGUUGACCUCCUCGCAUCACGUCUUCCCUUGUUUCAAGAUGAAGACUAGUAAUAGUGCGCAGCCCUACGAGGCCCAUCUAGCUCCAGUGUUUCAGCAUGUACAAACUUCAAGAUGUGUUCUUUGCAACCUUCAGCCCGGCUAAAAGUCUUGUUUCAUGUUCAACAAAGAGAUUCACUCAGUCUUCCAGCCUUGCCGAAUUGUUUCAUGUCAACGACGACAAUUACUCUGCAUUUUCCAGCCUUCACUGAGUCCUGUUUCAACUCAACAACGAGGUAGUAGUGACUUUUUAUCGCCAGCCUUACCGAGCGGUUUCAUGUCACCGAAGAAGUUCCCUCUGCAGUUGGAAAUUCCAAUGGUCGCUGAGCCCUGUUUCAUGUCAACGAAGAGAUAGAUUCCCUUCCGAUUGCCAGCCCUGCCCAGCAAGUCUUGUUUCAACAUCUCACUACUGCAAACACCGGCAGUUGUUACUUUACAACCUUUCCCGACCUGUGCUGUUGUUUCAUCUCGACAUGGUGGGAUAUUCGCCAUGCUGUUCUGUGCCAGCCUUGCCGGGCAUGUCUUGUUUCAACAUAUCCUACUACGAACGCCAACAUUUAUCUACAACUUUUUGGAAAGCCAUUGCUGUUGUUUCAUCUCGACAAGAUGAGAUAUACGCCAUCCUCUUCUGUUCCAGCCUUGCCAACCGACCAUGUUUCAAAAUACCUUCGCAUACGACCACCAUAUUUGUCAUUGCCCUCGCUCGACGAUGCGGAGGUUAUGAUAGAAAGACCCCCGUUCCGAGAGCACGUCCGACUAAUGGGUGUACUUGCUGUUACUGUACACACGCACAAUCCUCGUCGCCGUCGGCAGUGUGUACCUUAGUGUGCAUUGUGCAUCGUGCAAUGGGGCUGCUGUAUUUGCGAAGUACUUGGAUGCCCCCCGCCCUCACUUUAGAAAAAAGGAUCCUUUCUGGGUUGCAUACACAGUUUGUCUGUACCUGGGUAUGUAUGGGUUGUGUCCAUCAUUCCUUGCCGGAGCCCUUUCUCUCCCCAUGCCACUGCUUCGUGACAUGCAUAGGUAUGCAUCUGCAAACAAUCUGUGGUGAUCCUACUUCUGUUCUGGGCUGGGUUUGCAGAAUCCAUAUCAAAUAACAAAAAAAAAAGAAAAAGGAAGUCAAAUAUUUAUUCUAUGGAUCGCCACGAUUUCGUGUUACUAAGUAUCAGAUUAUAUCUGUCGG